AUAUGCAAAUUUUUACAGAAAAUGAGAAAAAUAAUACUAUUUCAGAAGCACAUAUGGAAUAUCUUGAAUUAGCUAAUAACUAUUAUGGAUUAGAUAGUUUAUCAGAUACGGCACCUGAUGGCAUAAUGAAUAGCGAAGAAGAUAUUUUCUCUGAUCCUGUGGCUCAAGAGCAUUCAACCGAUUAUCCUAUACUUGCAAAGCUUGCUCGCAAGUAUCUUUCAAUUCCGGCCACGUCAGUACCAUCCGAACGCCUUUUUUCUUCUGCAGGCCUCACUAUUACUGAAAAAAGGAUAAGUCUAAAUUCUGAAUUCGUUGAAUCAAUCUUAUUCCUUAAAGCAGCUCUAAAGCUUUGGCCUGUCUCACAUGUUUUUAGUUAG